AUGCCAGGAAUCCAUGCUGAGCGGCCCUUGAAGAUCUCCAUUGACCGAGGUGGCACAUUCACCGAUUGUGUUUGUCGGGUUCAAGGACAGGAAGACAUUGUUGUCAAGAUUCUCUCGGUCGACACCAGAAACUACCCCGAUGCACCCACAGAAGCUAUCCGCCGUGUGUUGGAGAGAUUCUACGCAACACCAAUUCCUCGCGGUACCGAGUUGGACCUCAAAGAUGUCGAAUGGAUUCGCAUGGGCACGACGGUCGCGACCAACGCGCUCCUCGAGCGAAAAGGCGAGCGGACGGCGUUCCUCGUGACGGCAGGCUUCAAAGACAUUCUACAGAUCGGAAACCAAUCUCGACCGUACAUGUUCGAUCUUGCCAUUCGACGCCCCCAACCUUUAUUCUCCGACGUGUUCGAAGUCCCCGAGCGAGUUGUCCUGGCGCAAUGCAGCGAUUCGCAUCUCAGAAAUCUCAAGCUUCAACACCCAGAGCCCGUUGAAACCGUGCAAGGAACAUCUGGAGAAGCCGUACAAAUCAUUCAGCCGCUCGAUCUGGAAAGCACUCGAUUAUACCUGCAGCGAAUCUACGCGGAAGGCUUCCGAUCGAUUGCCGUCUGCUUCAUGCACUCGUACAUCUUCCCUCCGCAUGAGCUUCUGGUCACGACCUCGCAAAGGAGAUUGGAUUCGAGCACGUAA